AUGAAGAACAGCCUUAUAAUGGAAGACAACAAUGAAGCGCGGAACUGUGUAAGUGCGUGCACGUCGGGGUCUCCCUCAGCAGUUUUGGCAAUCAAUGGGACAGGGUCUUUUAAAAGAACUGGUGAUGGAAGCAGGAACAGCAGUGGAAAUAGCAGUCGCCGUGCCAACCGAGACAGUAGCUGCAGUCGCUCAAACAAAGCCUUCGUGGACUUACCCGACAAAAUGUAUGACAAGAGCGUAACGGUGGAAUACAACAGUGAUAAUGACCGCUCCUGCGAGAUGAAUAAAUAUAAGGAGUUCUCUAAGCAGAGCACUCUAAAUGUGGAUAAUAACGAUGAGGAAAAUGCAACGGAGUGUUCCUUUGGGUCUAGCAACUCUUGCGCCGAAAGGGAAGAUAAAGGCUACGUUAACUUGUGCAAAAGAGAAUGCAAAGGGGGCGACGAACAAAAUAAAGAACUUGAAUCCAGCACAGAUGAUAUGAUUAUCCAUAAUGCAUUGGAAAAGAAUGAAGUAAAUAUGUGCAUAAUGAAGGAGGUAUUCACAUGCCAAAAGAACAAAAAUGAAAAUGAUAAGAAGAGGAAACCGGAGGAAGGGGAUCUUCUCAAGUUUGAGAAAAACGAUUUAGUUUUGCUAGAAGAAAAUGAUAAGAAUGUCCACAACGUAUCAGAAAGGUAUGAAGACAGUUCUGGAAACAAUCUAGAUAUGAACUGGAACAAGUCGCAAAUAAAGACAUGCAUUAGAAUUAAGCCUCUGGAUUCUGUGGGGAACAAUCUGGAAAAUGUAAUCACGCAAAGAGGAUUAAACACAGUAUUAAUCAAUUAUGGAGUGCACACUGAAAACAAAAAGUGUGAAUUUGUAGUUGAUAGAAUUUUCAAUGAAGGCAGUACGCAAUCGGACAUAUGGAAGAGCAUUUGUUUUUGCAUAGACUCCGUUUUCCAUUUUAAGAAUGCAACUGUGUUUGCGCAUGGUCAUACGGGGACAGGAAAAACUUACACCAUGAUUGGUCCAGACGUCAUGGAGCUAAUUAAGAGGAAGAAGAGAAAAAUGCGCCAUUCCGCAAGUCGCAUGCAGCCGAUUGAAUUGUUACUCAAUACGAACAGUUUGAGGCUUCCAAAUGGUGGUGGCGGUAGUGCUAGUGGUAAUGGGAACAGCAACAGCAGCAGUAACAACUUUUUGUACGAGAGGAAGAGGUCCUGUUCGCAGCCGAUCUUUAACUUCCCUCCGAGAGUAAUUCCCCUGGUGAAUGGAAACUAUUGCAGUUAUAAGAAAAUGUACGACUCCUCCUGUAGCGCGCAGUUUAACGGGGCGCACACUUCUGCGAACAGCACUGGGAACAGUAUGGUGAACAGUAUCGUGAACAGCGGCACGAACAACAGCAAGAACAGCUCCACAAAUAUCUCGCCAAACGGACCCCUGAAUGCUAGGUACUAUCAGAAGUCGAAUGCAGAGUGCAUGAGUGAGAGCAGCUAUUAUGGGAAGUACGAGAACUGCAAAACGUUUGCCGAGUAUCGAAUGGAGUAUAAGCCUAAUGUGAAGAAUUUGCAGGACGAAAUUGGGCUGAUUUUGAAUUCAGACAGGAAGGGGAUGAUUCCCAGGGCGUGUGAGGAAAUAAUGAGUAGGUUGUCCCUGCAUAGGGGGGUUGGCAGCGAGGGGGAGGAGCAGCAUGGGGAGAGGGCCUCCAAGGGAAGCAGCAGGGAAGGCGGUGAUAGGAGCGGUCAUCUACGUGGUGGUCGAAGCAGUAACUUUAAUGGUGUCCGCGAAGCCUACGCGGAGAAAUCGAAGGAGGUAUUUAAAAAUGUGAAGGUAUAUGCCUCUUACAUGCAAUUAUAUAACGAUAGAAUAUUUGACCUGUUAAAUCCGUGUACGGAACCGCAGCCCUAUUUAAGCACUCAAAAGUCUAAGCUUUCGAACAAUGCCACGUUUGUCUCUGGUUUGGUAACCGUGGAGGUAGGCAGUUGUGAGGAGCUGAUAGAGCUGUUGAUAGAUGGCACAAGUAACAGAGCAUGCAGAAUUACAAAAACGAAUGAAAUGUCCACAAGAUCCCAUUCCAUAUUUAAAGUGGAGUUACGAUAUGUGAAUCAUUCUAAGCCUGAAUAUUUUAAGUCAGGAAAUUUGUUGCUAAUUGACUUGGCUGGAAAUGAAAAGUAUGCAGCGUCUAAUGAAAAAUUAUACACCACAGAAGUUUGUUCUAUUAAUAGGAGUUUAUCUGCCCUGUCUCUUUGCAUCAACGAAUUGUCCAAGGGGAAUAAAAACAUCAGUUACAGAAAUUCCAUUUUGACGAGACUGCUACAGGAUUCUUUGGGAGGAUCCAGCAAAACUGUUUUUAUAUGUACAAUAUCUUCAUGCAUGAAAAAUGUCCGUGACACGCUAUCAUCGUUGAAGCUAGUUUCUAGGGCAAAGAAGAUACAGGUCGAGAGUAGAGGCAGAAACGCUUAUGUGUAUGAGGAGGACAUACGAAGACUACAAAAGGAGUUGUAUUUUUUGAGGAAGUUUGUUUUUUUUCAGUACAUUACGAAUAAGUAUGAAAGUAGGAACAGGUUACGGAAGAUGAAGGAGUUUUAUUUUAACAAUUUAUUGGGUCGGGGCGAGUCUGACUUUGAGAGGUCUAGCGGUGAUAGUGCAGAGAUCGUGCGUGGGAACAAUCUGUCCGCCUGUUGGGGGGGAAGGAGCAUUCCGGAUGAUACCAUGCAGAAGGGAAACAUUGGUGAGGAGGAAACCAAUCAAGAUCAUUCUGGUAAAGUGGAGCCAAAUGAGCAUGAAACUGCGUACGCCGGAAUAGAAAGUAUAUACAACGAGUAUGAAGGAAAAUCCUUUAACUCCUUGCUGUACCAGUGGAAUUUGAACAAGGCUAGUAUUAGGAGGGUAAGAGAGGCUCCAAUAACAGCUCUGACCGAGCUAAACCGAGUGAGUAGCAAAAGGAACCCUUGGUUUUACGGCAAUGGAAAUGUGAACAAGAAGAACGUAAUGAACUUCAUCGAAACGCACACCAUAGAGUAUGAGGUCGACAGUGAUGAGGACCUGUUCGGCGGGGGCAGCGACUUAGGGGGAAGCGGAGAGGAGGACGAGGAUGAAGCAGAAGAAGAAUACGCAGAAGAGGAUGAUGCGUGUAACGGAAGUGAUGACAAAAGAGGAGACAGUGAUGGGAUAGAGGAUGUAGGCAGCUGUUGCAACGUGGAUGGGGAUUAUGAGAACGGGGGCUCCGAUGCUGAGGAGGCAAACAGACAGGGUAACCCCUGCGCCGAUGAAACAUGCGCGAACGGGGAAGUGAAGAAAACGGGGGGAAAAAGUGUGGAAAUAUUCCCUCGUAAAGAUAGUAAGAGAGCCACUUUGGAAGAAACAUGCAUGAGGAAAGCCAUGGAUGUGCAUGAGAAGGGGGGACAUGUCAUGGAAAAGGAGGACGGUCCUGCCAAUUGGGUUCAUGCCAAAAGGGGGGAAAAAGAGGAUACAAGUGUUAGUGUUGCGAAAGGGGAACAUGGAAAGGACAAGACAACGCAGACUCCAUGUAGUGGUAGAGAAUUAAACUGCGCAAGGGAACAGGUGGGAGAAGAAUCUGUGGUGAGUGCAAAUGAUAAAAAGUUAAAAAAAUCGAGGCUAGACAAAAAUGAUGGUGUUCUUGUCUCAUCGGAGGGAGCAGUGUCUACAUGGAAUGCCCCAAACAGAGACACAAUUCCGAAGAAGGCAAAGUUCGUGAGAGGGUGUAGAAACGAGAGGAACCCCAAUAGGAGCCUCCGAAAGGCAGGAAAGAAGCCAUUUGUCCUAAAUUUUGCGAUGCAUAUUAACAAGAGAAAGUGCACUAGCGGUAUUUUCAAACAUAGAGCAGAGGAACAGAACACGGGGAAUGGGUCUGAAAUAAAAAGGAGGAAGGAAAAGAUCGGUAAGUGUGCUAAAGUGGAGAAGCAGGGACGUCGCUGUAAUACUUGUAGCAAUGAUGAAGGUGCUGGUUUGAAGUCCAAUGGGACGGGGUCUUACUGCCGAAGGAAAAGGUAUGCCGAGUUGUUAAAUUCUGGCAAAUCGGAUACCUCGCUGAAGGUGAGUAAUGGAUCUAAUUUGGCUCCAUCGUGUGCUGUCAUCGCGGGGUCUAUCUCGGAAAGAGGCGCAGGCAGCCGUAGUCAUAGUAGUAGUGCACAGAGAGGAAUAAUGAGAGACGCUAGUGGUACAGCUUGUAGGACUCCAAUCGAUGAAAGCAACUGCUCAAAAAAGAGGGGAGAUCACACAAAGGGAGAAGAUGACAGGCAAGUAAAGCCAAUUUUCUCUAGCGAGGGUAGCCACGUUGGCAAAAAGUCCUCCUCUAAUGAGACACUAUUAUACGCAAAGGGGCGUAACAAUGAUGAAUGGGGAAAUCUACCCAUUGCGUCCGACAUAGGGUAUCUAGUCCGGUUAGGCAACUCAAAGAGGAAGCAGCAUUAUGUUAACAAUGUAGGGAUAAACAACGUGGUAAUAAAUAGGAUUAACAUUUUGCCUAAUUCUAAGGUAGUGAGGAAUUGCAAUGAGAUCACGAGUGGGUUGGAAAAUAAUGAGACGUCAUUUUCGAAGAGUGAAAAGAGCUGCAGAGGGGUGAGAAAAAGACAAGUAUGCGGAGGUGAAGGAGUGUUUGAAGGACAUGGUCAUAUGAAUGAGAGGAAGAAUGGCAACAGGGGCAGAUCGGUCAGUGAGAACUGCUGCUUCAGUAAUUGGAAGAAUAAAACUAUUAUAGGCCAAAACAGCAAGGGGAACUUUUCCUACUAUAUCGAGUUUAACAAGGUCAAUGAUGUGAGGAAGUACAUGAUGGAGGGGCAUACAGUAAGAGGGGGUGUAAAUGGUAACACCGAUUUGGCAGUGAGCAAUGGGGCUGAAGUCUGCAUCGAGGAUAUCAGCGCUGGGGUGGAGAAAAAUGUGAAGAAAUGUUUGAUUUCCCAAGUUGAGAAGAGCUGGCUAAACUUUGAGAAAAAAUUAGAAAAGAAAUUUGGGGAGGACAAGGAAGGAGUUGGAGGUGGUGGAAGAGAGGGUAGCAGCAUGGUGGGCACUACCAAGGCGGUGGAUAAGUCCUAUUCUAAGGGGGACAGCGAAAUGAGCGCCCUGGAGGAAAACAAGAAAAAGCUAGACACGCUAAAAAACCGGUAUGAGAAGAUACUGGCUGAGUCACAAAAAAGGGAUUUUAGGGACGCCUAUUGUUUGAGCCACUCUGUCGGGGAUGCAGCAACAGGGAAGGGUAGUGGUGGAGACGGAAAUGAGACUGCCCCCACAACUAGUCGUAAUAACAACACCGCAUCGGUGCGUAAUGUGAUAAGUUUGCAUGGUAUGGAGAAGGAGGCAGUUCAGUUGAAGAAGACUGAUUUGUUUGGGGUUGGCGAGCAGGUCAGUCCUAUGCACGUGAGCAGGAGUGGUGUAGCAUUUAACGGAACAAAUGAUAAGUCAAGUGAGGCGAGGCACACAUAUGAGAACGCCACAGGUGUAGGAAUGAGGUCUAAUUUGGAUAGCAUGAUCAGCAGUACGUAUAAUACUCAAGAUAUUAUAAAGGCGUCUUAUGGAGAGAAAAAGGGGGGAUUUUUCCUGCGCAGCCAUUUUAACGGUGCGAAUGCGGGCGGAGAAAAACAUCACAAGGGUGACCUCGUAAGAAACUUCCACCAUGCGGAGAAGCAUCAUGUAGAGAAGCACCAUGUAGAGAAGCACCAUGUGGAGAAGCAUCAUGCAGAGAAGCAUGAUGCAGAGAAGCAUCGCAUGGAUGAAGCUAAUCGGAAAGGGACGCCGGCGGCUAGCCCUGUUGGCAGGGUGGUGUACCUUCCACAGGGCGAGCAACUAUAUUGGGGAAAAAAGCAUUAUGGGGGGGCUCAGCAGGUGAACCUAAAUGGGCGUUUGAUUUAUGUAAGGGGGAAUAAAGCCAGGGUUCCCUCCACUUAUGCGAAUGCUAUUGAUAAAGGUGGAGGGUUGGACAAGCAUAUGAACAAUUGGCAGCACCAUCUGCAUAGUGUAAACACUAUAGACCCUUACGGAAGUGCAAAAAAUAUAGGGCCAGAAAGGAAGACGUCAAAAAAUGGAGCAGUCAGUAACUGUGUACUACUGGGGACGCAUGGGAAUGCGGCCAGUUGGGAAGGGCACACCAGCGGAGUGUUAUCACACCGGAGAAAUAAUGCGAACCGGAUGGAUGGAGGAAGGGAAUCACAUAAUCAAAUAGGGAAGGACAAAUUAAAUGGGGAAAGACACAGUGCGAAUACGUUUAGAGAAAAAUAUUCUCUGCAUGGACUUCUCCACCCUGAGUAUCUACCUCUGAAGGAAAAUUCUAUGCAUGCCGGCUAUAAUCAAAGUAGGAAAAUGCACAAGGCCAAUUUGUUUUCGCCCAGCGGAGGUGGCAGGUACUAUGAUGGGUAUAGCAUUCUGGAAGAGGAAAAAAUGAGGAACAACCAUUAUAGAAAGGGGCAUGGAACACAUAGGGAAGGCUUCCAAGUUAAUCACCUGAACAGCAUGAUGCCUUAUAGGAGUAAAUCCAUAAUGAAUGGGAAGAUAAAAAAUGUGCACUACUGUGGAAAUGGAUUGGAGUCUGGUAAGUUUGUUGUUAGAAAUGGCUUUGUUAACUGCGAGAGAACUACGAAAGAUGUGCCCCUUCCCUCUGGGGAGGACAGAGGAGCCCUUUGGACUCCCCCUCAAAUGCGCUUUCAAGAUGUUAAUAAAAAUGAAAUUAGUCAAUUCAUGGUGAUACAACGAGGUGGAGGCCUGUACGGUGCGGACGUACGCAGCUGA